AAGACGAAGAAGAUGAAGUUGGGGGAUCCGGUGAUAGCGAUGUGGAAGGACAUUUGGAGGUGGAGAGACGGCUGGACCAUGAUUUAAGUAGGUUUGAAAUGAUCUGCCCAACUUCUGGUGGUGAAGAACAGAGCACCCUUUUGGAGAGUAGAGUGGAUGAUCAAGAUUCUCACAUAGCGCAGCUUGAGGAGGAGAAUUUGACAUUGAAGGAAAGGGUUUUCUUCAUGGAGAGAGAAUUGGAAGACCUGAGAAGAAGGGUCCAGUGCUUGGAAACUGAAGGAUGGCGCUUGCAUCCGGUGGACAAUAACAACAAAGAGGAGACUGCAGCGUCCGAGAAUGCCUUUGAGAAUGGUGGAAUCGGCCAUGCGUGCUCCGAGACGAGCAUUAAUGACAUUGGCAAUGAAUGAGAUGACAACUCUCAUCUACCAAGGUUCAAUUUGGUGAAUUUGUGAAAUAUAUUGCAUUAGUCUCCCUCUUGUUUUAGGAUUUUUAGAUUUUUACUUUCAGUUUCGUGUAGUUUAGUGGUUCUUUCUUUAUCCUUUCCCUUGUGGGUCUGACUCAAAUCAGAAUCUGUUGACCUCCACAAUGAGAGAUAGAUAGGUUUAAGUAGUGUGCAGAGCUAACCCUUAUGUAUGAAGUUUGUCCUAUCUGUUCUUUUGUUCAUAUAUCUUAAUCUUUUGGUCUUUAGAUGUUCCUUUCCUUGGAAUCUGUUCUCUCCAUUUCUCUUGAUUUCAUUUAAGAGUAAUCUUAAAGCUCGACUUCUUUUUUCAAGUUGCAAAUGAAUUGUAGAUUACAGGGAUGUGUUUUGUGGUUCACAGAUCUUUGUUUUCUAAUGGAACACAGUUCAUGAAGUGUUAGAUUGCAGGGCCCAUUGUUUU